CGACUCACGACUGGCGAUUCAGAGCCCAAUUGGCCAAAGUAUAUGUUGUGAUAGGGAAAAUGCGCUGAUCCAUAGCUCCUUAUAAUGAUAUGAAGGACCCUGUGAAUUCCUAUUCAAAUACAAACAGUGACGGCAAUUGACGAGAAGAGACCUAAUCAAAGAACAUGGCAUCAGACAAAUUCCCAGAAUCAGAUGGCAGAGACUUGAGCGCGUUUCAGAAGCAGCUCAAUGAAGAAGGAUGGUGCGUCGUGCCAGACGUACUUCCAGAAGCCAAAGCGAAAGAGGUGCUAGACAGGCUCUGGAAAGCCGCAGAUGAGUCUCGAAAGCGAGGGACAGAUACCUACAUGCCCAACCUCGACCCCAACGCCUCCAACAUCCGCGUCUUCUAUCUCAUGGCCCUGGACCCCAUCUUCCUAGACCUCAUCUCCCACCCCACCGCCAUCGCCAUGGUGAAAAGUCUCCUGGGGGAAGAAAUUCUGAUCAGCAACUUCACCGCUAACAUCGCGCGGCCCGGAAGUGGGAGCAUGGGCCUGCAUAGCGAUUUAAGUCUACAAUGUCCAGACCCGUGGGUAAAGCCGUGGGGUUUGAAUGUUAUUUGGUGUUUGACGGACACUACCUUUGAGAACGGCGCUACGUUGUAUAUCCCCGGGAGCCAUAAGUGGACGACGCCCGAUGAGGUGCCAGAGGACGCGGAGUCGAGACUCGUGCCGUUCGAGGCGAAGGCGGGGUCGAUUGUCGUGAUGGAUGGGAGGAUUUGGCAUACGUCGGGGAAGAAUAUUACAGAGGACCAAGAUCGUGCGCUUUUGUUUGGUGCGUAUAAUUGCGCGUUUCUGAGGGGCCAGGUCAAUUGGGCUGCUGGACUGAGCGAGGAGACGAAGAAGACGCUGAAUCCGCAGAUGAGAGAUUGGUUGGGCGUGGAUGUGACGGCAAAUACGGGGAGAGUCAAAGGUGUGAACAAGGUUUAUGGGUAG